UUCCUCAGCGCGCCCUCAGGAACCGCGCGUGCGCAGUGCGGGGGCGGGCGCGAGCCAUGGCGGAGGGCCCGCAGCCGAAGAGGAAGCGGGAGGAGGAGGAGGAGAAAAAUGGCGGGACCGACACUCAAGGCGGCGCCACCGCCGCCUUCACGCUGUCGGACCUGCGGGUGCGACGCGUCCUGCGGGAGUCGGCGCGGGACAAGAUCGUGUUCCUGCACGCGGAGAGGAUUGGUCUCUCUGGAGAGGGCACAGAUGCUGUAGUCAUCCUGGAAAAGACUCCUUUCCAGGAGGAGAAGAUCCCAGACCUGCUGAAGAAGCCCAUGAAUGCAGAGCUGCAGAUGCACAAUGACAUUUACUGCACGUUCUACCUGAGCCCUCCCCCGGAGCUGAGUGAGAUCAAAGCCACAGUGGUGUACCCUGCCACGGAGAAACACAUCCAGAAAUAUCUCCGUCAGGAAGUGCACCUCAUCCGUGAAACCUGGGAGGAUUACAAGAACAUAACCCUGCCCUUCAUCCAGUCCCAGAGCUUCAGCAUCCAGGUUGGCUUCCUGGGGCAUUGGUGCAGUUUGCUGGGCUUCUUAGGACUCUCUGGGUUGUGGUGGAAAUGGAAAGACAUAGAUUGUGCUUGGAUUCCUGCAUCACAGCUCAUUCCUCCUGCCAUUCAGCCCCUCAGUCCAUAUUCCACAUGGAGGAGCGAGGGGGAUAACCAGAGCAGGGAUUACAGGCAGGCUGGAGGCUGGAACCUUAAGUGUGGAAGAAGAAGAGUGUGGGUGUAUAAUAUCCUGGAGAAGAAAGCUGAGGCUGAUAGAAUCGUCCAUGAAAACCCAGAUCCUUCCAGUGGCUUUGUUCUGGUUCCAGAUUUAAAGUGGAAUCAAAACCAGCUGGAUGAUCUGUACCUGAUCGCCCUCGUGCACCGCCGGGAGAUCAAAUCUCUGAGGGAUCUCACAGCUGAGCACCUCCCGCUGCUGAGGAACGUCCUGCAGGAAGGGAAGGAGGCCAUAGUGAAGCGCUUUGGCGUGCCUGGCUCCCAGCUGCGGAUCUACCUGCACUACCAGCCCUCCUACCAGCACCUGCACGUGCAUUUCACCGCCCUGGGCUACGACGCACCGGGCAGCUCCGUGGAGAGAGCCCAUCUCCUGGCUGAUGUCAUCGACAACCUGGCCAUGGACUCCAUGUACUACCAGAAACGGGCUCUGACCUUCCCCCUGCGGGCUGAUGAGCCCCUGUUUAAGAAAUUCCAGGAGGCAGGAAAAGUGUGAGGAGGCAGAGGCUUUUGUAUAAUUUUUUUUUUUUUAAAUAAAUACCCAUUUUUGGGCUUUUUUUUCUAAGGUUGUGUUCCUCUUAUGUUUUUAAGCUGUGUUUUUGUACAAGGUGGGGCUGAUGAUCCUUUGCUAUGGAAACCAUGUUGUCUGUUCAAGUCCAUUAAAAUAUUGAUUGAAUAAA